AUGCGCGCCGACCUCCAGCGUUGGGCAGACGACCUCCUGAAGAUUGAAGAAGACAUCCGCCGAUGGGAGGAGGACAUCUCCCUUCGGGAGGUGGACAGUGAGAUCACAGCGGCGGAUCUGGGCACCCGGGAGGACACGCUGGCCUACCAGGUGGACGCGCUGACCCACCGGGAGGGGGAGCUGAGCCGUCGAGAGAGCAGCUUCGGCCGCAAUGACUACACCUCCAUCGACUUUGACUACAUCGACCAGAGGGGCUUCAGCCGCGACAACUUCGUCCCCAUCGAUUACGACUUCGUCGACCAGAGGGGCUUCGGCCAUGACGACUACGCCUCCGUCAAUACUGACUACGUUGACCAGAGGGGCUUCGGGCUCCGUUUCAUUGGAAACAAUUCGUCAUGCAUUACGAACGAGAAGUGUGACACGCCCAUAGGGUUCAACAUUAUCUUUCCCGGCAUGAUCAGAUCUGGCAUUCACUUGGGGUUGGACGUUCCUUUGAGGCAAUCUGAUGUUGAUACCCUCUUCCAGCUUCGGGAGAAAGAAUUGCAAGUGGCAACCGCUAAUGCUCUCAAGUACCUGGACAUCCUUGGGAACAAGUUUGGCAGCUCAGUUCCAGUGGUGUAUCCAUCGAACAUUUAUUCCCUACUAUGCAUGGUAGACACCCUUGAAAAGAUGGGGAUCUCUCAUCAUUUUUCUUGUGAAAUAAACAGCGUACUAGACAUGACAUACAGGUCCUGGCUGCAAAACGAAGAAGAGCCGAUCAUGGAUAUGGAGACAUGUGCAAUGGCAUUCCGCAUUCUAAGUAUGCACGGAUAUGACAUCUCCUCCGAUGUUUUCUCUCAAUUUGCUGAAGAGUCAAGAUUCCAUGAUUCAGUUCCAGGGCAUCUGAAUGAUACUAAGACUUUUCUCGAACUGUACAAAGCUUCACAAGUAUGUAUCUUGGAACAUGAAUGGACCCUAGAAAACAUUGGUUCAUGGACGAGUAAACUACUGAAGCAACAAUUAUGCUCCAGAAGAGUGUCAAGAUCAGUAAUACCGCAAGAGGUAGAAUAUGCUCUUAAUUUUCCCUUCUACUCUGCCGCCGUGGAACCACUGGAGCACAAGAGGAACAUAGAACAUUUCGACACCAAGGGUAUUCAGAUGCAAAAAUCAGCAUACUUGGCCUGUCAUUCAAACGAAUAUAUUCUGGCAUUGGCCAUUGAAGAAUUUUAUUGGUCCCAAUCUCUGUACCAGCAAGAACUUAAGCGCAUAGAGAGUUAUGUGAAAGAGGUUGGACUAGAGCGGCUCAAGUUUGCAAGAACGACGCCGUUGAACGUCUGGGUCUUCAUAGCUUCCACUGUGUUCCCUUCCGAAUUAUCCGACGCCCGCAUUGCAUGGAUCCAAAAUUGCCUUGUGGCGAUUGCAGUUGACGACUUCUUCGACGGCGGAGGAUCUGCAGAAGAGCUGCAAAACCUCAUCUGGUUGAUUGAGAAGUGGGACGCGCACGCUGAAAUCGGGUUCUGCUCCGAGCACGUAGAGAUCCUGUUCUACGCUGUUUACCACACGAGUUACCAUAUCGGAGCGAAGGCUGCGAAGGUACAGAACCGCAGGGUCAUGGGCCAUAUUGCUGAACUGUGGCUCGACCUGGUGAGGGCGUACAUGGCCGAGGCGGAGUGGACGUGGAGAAGGUACUUGCCCACCAUGGAAGAGUACAUGUCGGUCGCGGAGGUGAGCAACUCGAUGGACCCCGUCGUCGGCGCGUCGCUGUACUUGGUCGGACCUGAGCUCUCCGAGGGCAUGGUCAGUGGCCCGGAGUACAAGGUCCGUCUCCUGAACGACCUGCACACGUACGAGAAGGAGCGUGGCGAGGGGUACGUGAACAGCGCCUUGCUGCACGCUCAUCGCUGCUGCGGCGGCGGCGGCGGCGGCUCAGAGUCCUGA